AUGGUCAGAUCUAGUAGCUCCUCACGAAUUCUCAGUCAGCCCCUCAACCAAUUCGCAUUCCCCUUCCUACCUACAGGCAGAGAGACGAUGGAGAUGUUAUGCUCAAGUAUAUCAAUAGUGGAACCUCCAAGUUUGUCCUACAACAUGGCCUCUAAGGUCCUAUGCUUAGGCAUUAAACCUGAGAUCGUUAGAACGACCAUCGAGCCAGCGAAGACGUCAACUGACGCGGCCCAGACACCACCGAUAGUUGAGUAUAGGGAGGUCAUGAAUGAGUCGGCGGAGGAAUCAGGGGUGAGGGAUUUAACAAGGCUUAUUUUGCACACUUUCCCCAUGGAUGCUGACACCCCCGCUGUGCCUGUGGCACCCAUCUCGCAAGACGAGAGACGCACCAUGCAAGUGGACAAUGCAAUCCGGGCGAUACAGCAAAAGAAGCCCGUACCAGAGAUCGAUUUCACUAUCCAUACCAUGGAAGAUGGUACUCAAGUGAGCACUCUUGAGCGGGUCUGCAAAGACGUGCAGGCACCCGCUACCUCUAAGCCGACCGACGAGCAGUUCUUUCACGAUGACACCCGGACGAAGCCGAAUAUCACCUUCCUGAAGCAGCACUUCUAUCGCGAAGGACGUUUGACUGAAGAACAAGCCCUCUGGAUACUUCAACGCGGCACCGAGAUCCUGCGGGAGGAGCCAAAUCUACUUGAAAUGGAUGCCCCUAUUACCGUUUGUGGCGAUGUCCACGGCCAAUAUUAUGAUCUGAUGAAGCUGUUCGAAGUAGGGGGCGACCCUGCAGAGACCAGGAAGACCCGGACUACUGGGUUCCCCAGUGUCAUGACCAUCUUCUCAGCACCCAAUUAUCUUGAUGUUUACAACAAUAAGGCUGCCGUUCUAAAGUAUGAGAACAAUGUUAUGAACAUUCGGCAAUUCAACUGUACACCACAUCCUUAUUGGCUUCCAAACUUUAUGGACGUCUUCACCUGGUCCCUUCCUUUCGUGGGCGAGAAGAUCACCGACAUGCUAAUUGCCAUUCUGAGUACAUGUUCGGAAGAUGAAUUAAAUAGCACGGAAGAGACGCCCACAUCAACAUCCCCGGGCCCUGUAUCGCCCCCAUUGCCAUCGUCUGACCCUGAAUCGAUAGAAUUCAAGAGGCGUGCGAUCAAAAACAAGAUUCUGGCUAUUGGUAGACUAUCGAGAGUAUUCCAAGUUCUUCGUGAAGAAUCCGAGCGCGUCACUGAGCUUAAGACGGUUUCAGGUGGUCGACUUCCAGCAGGUACACUCAUGCUUGGAGCGGAGGGCAUCAAAAAUGCAAUUAGUAGCUUUGAAGAUGCAAGGAAGGUUGAUCUCCAAAACGAGAGACUUCCCCUACUCAUGAAGAAGUGGUGA